CGCGUGGGCAUAGUAAUGCGCCUUCGGUGAUCGCAACUUCUACGUCGCCAUCAUGGCCUCCAAAGUGCUCUCCCACGUCGAUAUCGCCACGAAUCGCUUCGCUGUCCUCGCCACAUACCGCCAUCUCCUCCGCGCAACGGGGAUAGCAUUCAACGGCGACGCUCACAUGCUCCGCUCUUCCCGUGCUUUUGCUCGAAGUGAGUUCCGCAACGGCGCAAAACUUCCUGCCGACAGUGUCGAGGCAGCACAAGGCGUAGAACAUGCACAGGGUGUCACGCAAAUCCUGAGGGAAAAUGUUGUGCAAGGGAGACGAGUGGGAGAUGUUGGCGAGAAAUACAAGUUGAAUAUCCAUGAGCAUACGCAGAGGCUGGAUAAUGAUACUGCUGGAAAGUUGAAGGGUACUACUAAGAGCUUCAAGGAGGUGAAAAACGCAAGUUUGCUAUGAGGAGGCUUGGGCAUGGCACUCAAAAUGGACAAACGAACACUGUUGAUAAGUCCGAGGUGAUGCAAGAGGCAAUGACCGCGGGGUCGUUAGCACCACUCCGUGGCGUGAAGCCAGUCCCAACCUCCGUCGUCUGGACAAGGCCAUAGAAGACUUCGCCCACUACAGCACCUGCUGCUGAAUAUGGCAGGACGAUGCGGGCGCGCCCACAAGUGCCUGUAGGGUCUCAUCGGAAAAGCGUAGACGGAAGGACAACUACGUCGAGAUUCAACCCGGUCCAAAACCUCAUCCAUCACACGAGCACCUAGGGCAACGAUGCCGAGGAGAUAUCUUCGCAGCUUGGCUCCCGGACCGUACCCGGUAGCAUCGAUUGACAGCGGGACACAACGAAAGACGAACAGCCGAGCUUGGGAAGCUGGAAAUGGAGAGAGCGUGACUACAUUGUCGGCGGUGCCAAUCGAAGACGAAACUUGAACGCUGGAAGCAACCGGCAGCUCUCUUUGUACAGUUUAUCCGUAACUUUGAAGGCGGGUCCAGAUCACGACCUUUGCGCUCAGCAGUCAGUUGGUUCCAGUGCCAGGCAUAUCCUUGUGCGAAUUAAGCGAAGGCACGCUCUGCCUGCCUAGCAUUUAUUAGGAAACGAACUGGCUACGUGACCUGCGAUGCGAAUAAUACAUACAGUACACGGGAAUCUCAUUGAUCGCAACGUGCAUCUAUGGCACAUAACGAAUGC